AUGUCACUCACGGCCGUGAAGGCUGAUGCCGCCGGGAUCGGUGUUGUAGGCGGCGGCGGAACUGUUGCACUAUCCGACUCCCGGGAGUGGGCACCACCGCCGCCGGGCAAUCGAUGUGCCACGGUGACUAUGCUCCUGGCCCAAAGGAUUGCACGCAACGCUUGCUGGUCAGUCGACGAGGAGCCCUCGUACAGUGCGAACAAGAUGAACGUCUGGCAAACGUUGGAGUACCUUUCGGGGCUGAGUCUGCGGAAAAAGUACAACUACGAGGGCUUCUCGGACACCCAUAAUGUGAUCAGGACCCUAACGCCCUCCUGGCGCCGGGAUAGUUUUGCCGAGAAAGCCAAGGCCGAGGAACUGACCGGUGGAGCUGCUGCAUCAUCGGUCAAGUACCCAGAGGAACGUUCUUCGAGUGCUCCAUUGAUCGUUGCCGAGGAUCCGGGCAUAAGUACCAGUUUCCAGAGCAGUGAUAAUGUCACCUUGGGCGUUAGAUCUGGGGCAAAAAGUCCAUCUGGUACUCGAAGAAAACUUCGCAGGAAUAGGAAAGGUAAUGCUACCCAUCUGGAUCCCGAGUACGCCUUGUCGCCGGAGGACCUUCAGGAUCUAGUCAAGUGCAAUUUCAAUUUGCCGCGCAUUAGCGCUCGCCUGGAGCGUCUGAUGGGCACCAAUGUGGUCAAGCUGACCGACCGAGCCUACAUGAAGGAGCUCCGCGAACGGAUCGACGAGGAUUACCGCAAGCAGCUGCUGUCCCGCAUUCGCGCCCGGGAGUUAAAAGAAGUAGAACGCGAACGAAUGCUGAUUAUUGAGGGCAAGUCGGAUGUGAUACCAGACGAACUGGCCGACGAUCCCAUAUUCAUGGUCAACAAAGAUGCCAACAUGGAGAUCCAAAAGGAGCGCUCGAAGUUAAAGACCGCUCGGGAGAAGAAUGCAGAACGUUUGAAGCAGCAGGGCGUGAAAUGGGAGCGGGAGCGUCUCCAACACGCUGCCAAGGAAGCCGAGCUCCUGGCCAAGAAGCGGGAGCGGCAUCGCCAACAGAAGUUGCUGGUGGAACAGUAUAGGACAGAGGACGCGGAACGGGGAAUGGACCUGCUGCGCAUCGACAACGAGGACUGGCGGGAGUGCGAAAAGAGCCUGAAGGAGUUCCUCGAACAGGAGCGUGCCAAAAUGAAGGAGCGUUCGCUACGCAUCUCCCAGCCCUUCUCAUCGGAUCCGCAGGAUAUACAGAAUAUAGUUAGAGCCAGGCAAAAGUUCCGCGAAACCGAGCUGCGUAUUCGUAAUCAGCUAGACGACAAGCUGAAGGAUGUGAAACUGGCGGUAACCACUCAACAGUUAACCGAACUCAUCGAGGAUGCCCAUCGAUCCAGUGUAGAGAUAGUGCGAGAGCCGUCGAUAGAUGAAGAUCAUUACCAGGGCGAGAUACAGUCCAGGUAUCAGGAUGAUGUCACCGACGUCUCCGAGGAGACUGUGAUCAGCGAAGACGCCAUCAGCCUGUCUCUGGCCAAGCAGCAAUAUGCCGAGGAACUUGAGGCCGAGAUGGAGGAUGAGUUCAAUCGCGGCCUGCUCAUCUCCAAGCAGCAGUACGACCAGCUGCGCUUUGAGGACGAGAAAAUCGUAGCCCUCAGGAAUGCCAAGGAUAUUCGUGAGCUGUAUCAACUGGCUGAGGAGAUCAUCAUGGGCGAGAUAUUCGAAGAGGCGGCCGAGGAGUACGAGGAGGAGGCUGUAGGCGAGGAGCAGGAUCUCGAAAUCACCUCCGACCACGAAGCCCUGCAGCCAGCAGCUAAAGCCUAAAAACUGUAGAAAGGACCAAUUCCAACGUUCAGUGGCUAGCGGUAGACCGUUUUUCCUGCUGCCACACUUUUCACGAAUUUUACAAAGUUUGGCAGAAUAUUUGGUUUCCCAAUUGGAAAUCAAAAUAUUUCACCAAAUUGUGCAAAUAUCAGUCAGGAAGGGGGGAGCCCACAGUUUGUUAAUCAUUGGAAAAGCGUCAGCGCCACUGUCAAUCAAUCUCAGCGUUAAGGUUGAUAACUGUCAAUUGGGGUUUAAUUAAAGCUGUAACGCGGUGAUAGUGCCCGCAUGGCAAUAAUAAUAAUAAAGCGGCCGAAAAAUCCAAAAACAAACGCAUGAGUCAAUUGCACAUUUCACUGGCCAGCCGACAAGUAUGCCACAAAUAUUUGCCUAGUGAUACGGAUAAACAUACCGGAAAGGAUAUGCGGGCGGCAGGGCAUUCCGGAAAACGAUAUAACAAACAUCAACACAUCGCUAUUGACUCACCAAU